UAAUAUAUAUUACAUCAAUGACCAUUUAGACAAGAGGACAUGGACAUACAUAUUUGGAGCUUGCUGUGCUACCACAGUUUUCAUACCUUCUUUCCAUAACUACCGGAUUUGGUCUUUCCUUGGCCUUGGGAUGACCACUUAUACAGCAUGGUACUUAACUAUUGCUGCUGUCAUUCAUGGCAAGGUUGAAAAUGUACAAUACUCUGCUCCAGCAAAGAUUGUGCUGUAUUUCACUGGUGCCACCAAUAUUCUUUACACCUUUGGUGGACAUGCUGUUACGGUGGAAAUUAUGCAUGCAAUGUGGAAACCCCAGAAAUUCAAGUACAUUUACCUAAUAGCUACACUCUACGUUUUCACCCUAACCAUUCCAUCAGCUUCAGCAGUCUACUGGGCAUUUGGUGACCAACUUCUAAACCAUAGUAACGCAUUUUCACUUCUACCUAAAGACGGAUGGCGUGAUGCUGCAGUUAUAUUGAUGUUAAUUCACCAGUUUAUCACGUUCGGAUUCGCUUGUACUCCGUUGUACUUUGUGUGGGAGAAGGUGAUAGGUAUGCAUGACACCAAAAGCAUAUGCUUAAGGGCACUUGUUAGGUUGCCUGUGGUGAUACCCAUAUGGUUCUUAGCUAUUAUUUUCCCAUUCUUUGGGCCUAUUAACUCUGCUGUUGGGGCUCUUUUGGUUAGCUUCACUGUCUACAUCAUCCCAGCUCUUGCUCAUAUGCUCACUUAUAGAAAAGCCUCUGCUCGACAGAAUGCAGCAGAGAAGCCACCAUUCUUCAUGCCAAGCUGGACUGUAAUGUACGCCAUUAACAUAUUUAUAGUGGGCUGGGUUUUGGUUGUUGGAUUUGGGUUUGGUGGAUGGGCCAGCAUGAGAAAUUUCAUCAAACAAGUUGAUACAUUUGGCCUUUUUGCAAAGUGUUACCAAUGCAAACCAGCAGUACCUCCGGCUAGUCUGCCACCACAUUCGGUGCCCCAGGCCACGGUGCACCACUAGGAAUGCUGAAUAGGAUACGCCAUGCCAAUAUGUCGAAGAAGACAAUGGUCAAAUUGUUCUUCGACUAUUUUUGUAUGUAACCCAAAUUGUGUUGUGUUCAAUUUUAAUUGUGUUUUUCUAGUUUUUUUUUUCUUUUCAUUUUCUCGUAUAUGAUAUUAGGAUAUGAUAAGAGUGUUGAAUUGAUGUGAUGACUUUGCUAUCGAAGGAUAGGCUAAUUAAAUCAAGAUAUGCUAAUUUUAAGUUC